AAAAACUGUAUGGUAUAAGCAAAUUUAUAGCUCCGUAUAUAACCUUUGUGAGUUAUGCUUGGUUAAGAAAAUUCAGAUUCAUUAUCUAUCUUCCUUGUUUGCAAAACUAAAUAAAGUCUGGCCUCAUUCAUUAGAAUUCAGCUGUAAUCUCAGUAUUUGCAUUAGUCUUAACUCAACUUUACAAAACUAUACAAAACUAGCUUCUAAGAACUGCUCAAGAUUUAUAAGCACUGAUUAUGCCAUACCUUUAGGCAAUUUGGGGACUAAACCUACCUCCUCACCAGUGUUGUUAUCAAAUAGCGGCCAUGGCGGAUAUACAUGGCGGUUUUUGGGUUCGCCGCAAUCAUUAAUAUUGGCUGAUAUUGCAGUUGGUAUGGCAGGAUUUUGGCUCUCUGCCAUGGAUCACCAUCCGCUAUCGACAACAUUGCUCCUCACACCCAACACAAUGAAAGUGUUUGAGGAUGCAAUGAGAACAGCUCAAAUGGUUCAAUGAGGCGGCUAGGGGAGGAUCACAAUUAAGGAGGAAUUUCCAAUAUGGGCUUUUCAGAAUCAGGCAAGGUUUUUGGAUCAUAAUCUAGACAUGGAAGACAAAUCAACUCUCUCCCUAAAGAUCAAGACUGAAGAUGAAAAAGAAGGGGAUGCGAAGGAAGAUAAGACUGAGUUAGAAGUAGAACUGAAGGUUAAAAACAAAUCAGUAGAGAAAAAGAAAAAGCAUAAGGAUGAAAAGAAAGCAGAUGAUUCGGAAGAUAUUGGCGAAGACGGUGGUGAGGAGGAAAAGGAUAAGAAGAAAAAGGAAAAGAAAGAAAAAGACGAAAAAAGUGGCACAAAGAAGCACAAAGAGAAAGACAGCAAGGAUGGGGAGGAGAAUUCGGAAAUGAAAGAAAUGGGGAAGAGUAAGGAAAAGAAAGAAAAGGUCGAAGUAGUUUCCCAGGAUAAAAAUAGUAAAGACAAUGAAGAUGAUGGUGGCAACAAGGAGAAAAAGAAGGACGAGAAGAAGGAGAAAAAUGACAAGGACGAAGAAAUUGAAACAAGGAAGAACAAGGGGAAAGAAGAUGAAGGAGUGGAUAGUGAAGAGAAGAACAAAAAGAGCAAAAAGAAAGAGGAGAAGGAAAAGCACAAGGGUGAAGAUGCGGAGAAACAGAAGGGAAAGGGAGAAGAGGACGGUGGUGAAGAGAAUAAGAAGAAAAAGGAUAAGAAAGAAAAAGAGAAGGACAGGGAUGAGAAGAAAAAGAACAAGGACGGAGAUGUGGAGAAACAGAAGGGAAAGGGAGAAGAGGAUGACGGCGAAGAUAAUUAUAAGAAGAAAAAGGAUAAGAAAGAAAAAGAGAAGAACAAAGAUUUGAAAAUCAAGCCAGAGAAAGAUGCAGAAAAAACUGAUGAAGGAAAGGAGAAAAAUGAUAAAAAGAAAAAAGAAAAGAAAGGCAAAGGUGAGGAAGAAGAGGGUGAGAAAGAUGGGAAAAAAGUAAUAAAAAAGAAAGAGAAGAAAGAUGACAAGGGUGAAGUUGCUUCAAGGGAGUUGGUUGAACAAAAGAUUGAGAAGAAAGAGGAAGACGAGGAAAAAGAUGACGAGAAGGAAGGGAAAGAGAAGAAGAAAAAAGAAGACAAAGACAAAUGCGGGAAGAAGAGAAAGUUAACUGGUAAGGACAAACCCAAGGAUGUCAACAAGCUGAAGCAAAAGCUCGAAAAGAUCAAUGGAAAAAUAGAAGCACUUCUUGAAGAAAAGACAAACAUAGAAAAACAAAUAAAAGAAGCAGAAGGUGAAGGUAAUGUAGUCAUUGAGAAGGUUGAGUAGAUCUUCAUGACCAUGCAGCACCGACGUAACACUGACACUUCAAGUUAAAGGCGUGUCUGAUGUUCAAUACUUGUAAGUAUCACUAUCAUGUUUGUGUGAAUAAACUGUCUUUGUGAGUACGUUGUAUAAUAAUAAGUCAAAACUAAAUGAAUAAUGGUUUUAUGUGAAUAAACCUGUCUUUGGAUUUGGUGAUAAA